AUGUGCGGCAACAAGCUCAACUGCUUCCCAAGCAAUGGUGUGCAUGUCCUUAGUACAGGGAGCUUGCCCAUCUUGGCCGGUGAAGAGGUACUGCCCGAGGACGCUGAGACCCAAGACGGCAAUGAGGUGCUGCCCGACGACGCCGAGACCGAUGGCGGAGAGGUGCUGCCCGAGGGCGCCGAUACCGACGGCGGACACAUGUUGCCUGAGGACGCCGAGACCGGCGACAGCGUAGACGUGCUGCUCGAGGACGCCCAUACCGACGAUGGCAUAGAGUUGCUACCCGAGGACGCCCAGACCGACGACGGUGUCGAGUUGCUGCUCCAGGACGCCCAGACCGAUGACGGUGUCGAGUUGCUGCUCCAGGACGCCCAGACCGAUGACGGCGUAGAGUUGCUGCCCGAAGACGGUGAAGCGGCACUGCCCGAGGAUGCUGACAGUGAUGUAUCUUUCGUGCCUGACUCUAUGCCCGCUCACGAUGGCGACUCGCUCGAUGAAUCGACGAUGGAGGAACCAGUACACUAUGCAUGAAGCAGUACGAGCAUGCAUGAUCCAGUAUACAUGACCACUAUAAGCAUUCAUGAACCAUCACACAUGUAUGCAUGAACCAGUACAAGCAUGCAUGAUCCAGAAUCCAUGAAGCAGUACGCAUGUAUGCGAUCAGUGCAAGCAUGCAUGAUCCACAAUGCAUAGCACACAUGAAGUAGUAGCACAGGUAAAUUUUUUCUUUUGAGGAUCAGUAGCACAGGUAACUAUUAAGCCAUUUUCAG